AUGAGUAACAAAAAUGAGGGUUCAUCUUCAAGCAGCAUCAUUAAAGAGGUAAACAACAACAUUGAAAAGAUAAACAGUGACAAUGAAGAGGAAAACAGCGACAAUGAAGAUGAAAACAGCGACAAUGAAGAAGUGAACAACGAAAUUGAAAAGGUAAACAGCGACAAUGAAGAGGAAAACAGCGACAAUGAAGAGGAAACCAGCGACAAUGAAGAAGUGAACAACGACAUUGAAAAGGUAAACAGCGACAAUGAAGAGGAAAACAGCGACAAUGAAGAGGAAACCAGCGACAAUGAAGAGGUUAACAACGACAUUGAAGAGUUCACCAGCAGAUUUAAACAUUUAUUACACAUCCCACCAACAGACGUAAGUAGCAGCGAAGAUAAAUUAGUUGCUCACCAAGGAACUAAUUCGGACUUGGAGAUCUCGUCAUCGAGUAGUAAAAGUGGACAGUUAGAGACCAGCACUCCAGAUGAAACCAUGAGCUAUGAGGAUAUUAACGAUGAAAGUAGAGAUGAAGAUGGAGAAAAGAAUAAUAUGAGAAAUGCAACUUGUUACGUUUGCGCUGCCUCGUGUGUUUGGAAACUAUAG